CUCUCUCUCGCUCUGUGUGUAUGUCGCUGGAGCGCUACACCACUGUUAUUGAUGAUUUCCCCUCGACAUGUCCAUGGUAACUGUCCUGUCUAACGUCUGAUCAGCCGCGAGGAGCCAAGCAGUGUGUGAAAAUGGAGCCGGACGAAAAAAAAACGGACCCAAAAUACGGGGAGUCCAGGAAGUUUGACCCCAACUUCAAAGGGCCGCUUCACAACAGGGGCUGCACAGAUGUCCUGUGCUGUAUUCUCUUCAUCUUGGCCUUGUUGGGUUACUUUGCUGUUGGUAUCGUCGCCUGGUCUCAGGGUGACCCCAGGAAAGUGAUCUAUCCCACGGACAGCAGGGGCCAGUUCUGCGGACAAGCUGGGACCCCUCUGGAGAGGAAGCCUCUUCUGUUCUACUUCAACAUCUUGAAAUGUGCCAGCCCUCUGGUGCUGCUGGAGUUCCAGUGUCCCACCACACAGUUAUGCGUGGAGAGCUGCCCCGACAGGCAUCUGACGUUGGUGAAAGCCAAGUUAGGCAGCAAAGAAGACCGUGAAUACUUCCAACAGUACUGUAAGGAUGGAGUGAACUUUGCUAAAUUGAGUCCACCCGAGAUCCUGAAAGACGGCUUGUGUCCUGCCAUGCUGAUGCCAAGCAAAGCCUUCACGCGCCGCUGCCUUCCGGCCUUGGGAACACUGAAAGGUGGGGUCGUGGUGGUGGGCAACGAGACCACUUUCGAUGCCGGACAGGGCUACAACAUCAACGCCACAGACGUGCUGGAGGCGUCCAAGAAAUCGAAUGUGGUUGUUGAGGCUCGCCAGGUGGCCAUGAGAAUCUUUGAGGACUACACUCAGUCCUGGCACUGGAUUUUACUUGGGCUGGUCAUCGCCAUGGUUGUGAGCUUGAUUUUCAUCGUCCUGCUGCGAUUCCUGGCUGGCAUCAUGGUCUGGGUCAUGAUCGUUUUGGUCAUUUUGGUCAUCGGAUAUGGCAUCGCCCACUGUUACAUGGAGUUUGCGAGUCUGAAGGGAGAUCCGGGCUCUGACGUCACCAUCCGUGACCUGGGCCUGCAGACGGACUUCUCCGUCUACCUGCAGAUCAGACAGACCUGGCUGGCCUUCAUGAUCAUCCUGGCUAUUGUGGAGAUCGUCGUCAUCCUGCUCCUCAUCUUCCUCAGGAAGAGAAUCAUGAUUGCCAUCGCCCUCAUCAAAGAGGCCAGCAGAGCUGUUGGUCACGUGAUGUCAUCGCUGUUAUACCCCCUGCUGACCUUUGCCCUCCUCGCCGUGGUGAUUGCUUACUGGGCCAUCACAGCUGUUUUCUUGUCCACCUCCAACGACCAGGUGUACAAAGUGUUCAACAACUCUGAUUGUGAGUACGCAAGAGAGACCUGCAACCCCAAGACUUUCAACACUUCCAACGUUUCAGCGGUGUGUCCUGAUGCAGAGUGCCUGUUUGCCUUCUACGGUGGGGAGACCCUCUACCACAAAUACCUCAUCCUGUUCCAGUUCUACAACGUCUUUCUCUUCUUCUGGUGCGCCAACUUUGUGACGGCCCUGGGCCAGGUCACUCUGUCGGGGGCCUUCGCCUCAUAUUACUGGGCCUUCAAGAAGCCCGAUGAUAUCCCCGCCUUCCCCAUCUUCUCCUCGCUCGGUCGGGCCCUUCGAUACCACACAGGCUCCCUGGCUUUUGGCUCCCUGAUCCUGUCCAUGGUCCAGGUCAUCAGGGUCCAUCUGGAGUACUUGGAUCACAAGUUGAAAGGUGCUCAGAAUAAGUUUGCCAAGUUCCUGCUAAGCUGCAUGAAGUGCUGCUUCUGGUGUCUCAACAGGUGCAUCAAGUUUCUCAACAGGAACGCCUACAUCAUGAUUGCCAUCUAUGGAAAAAGUUUCUGUCCUUCAGCCAGAGACGCCUUCUUCCUUCUGAUGAGGAACAUUGUCAGGGUGGCUGUUUUAGAUAAAGUGACUGACUUCCUGCUGUUUCUUGGGAAGCUCCUCAUUGUUGGAAUCGUUGGCAUCUUCUCUUUCUUCUUCUUCUCUGGGAGAAUCAGUGCCAUAGAGGACGCGGCCCCGUCCCUGAACUACUACUGGGUGCCAAUACUGACGCUGGUAGUGGGAUCCUACCUCAUCGCCCACGGCUUCUUCAGCGUGUACGCCAUGUGCGUGGACACACUGUUCCUCUGCUUCUGUGAGGACUUGGAGAGAAACGACGGCUCGUCCGAACGGCCUUACUUCAUGUCCCUCGAGCUGCACGAAAUCCUCUCCAAGGCGACGGAGGAAGACCACGAUGGUGUCGAGCAGGGGGAUUCUGCAAAGCAGGCGGACGAGGUGAAGGUGGAGGAGGAGACUCCUCUUCAGGAGCAACCAGACGGGCAGAUACAACUGAAACAGCACGCCGUGCUGAAGCAGGGCAACGAGGAGCAGCAGCCGCUGCAGGCCGACGCUGAAGAGGAGAAAAAAGAGGAAGAAGAAGAAGAGAAAGUGAUUCAGGAGGAGGAGUCUGAGCAGAGAGAAGAAGCUGAGAAGAAAGAAGAGGUGGAAACGCAGGAGAUGAAACACGAGGAGAAGAAAGAGAAGGAGGAGGUGGAGAAAGAGAAGACUGGUGAAAAGGAAGAAAAUCCUCCCGCUGCGCCACAAGAGUAGAAGUCCCCAGCAAUGAAAGGCGAAGAAAUGAGGCUCGGUAAACCUCACAAGAUGGAUAGAAAUGUUUCUACGACUUAGCUGAAGCUUAAAUAUGAGAGGGCCCUGCUGUGCGAGAGGUGCCGCGUGCGGCUGGAGAGGCUGGUUGUCCACGUGCGAAGGUCAAAGCAGGUCAAAAGCCCGGUGCAUCUCUGUAGCUUGGAAAACAAAAAAAAAGCUCUCUCGUGUUGGUUUUAGAACAGUGUUGGUUUCGAUAUUGUGACGAUCUGUAGAACAUCGUGAGUGCUGAACCUGUGCCUGAUUGCUGUCACUGAUAUUUGUUGUCUUAAUCUGGUUGCCUAAUGCACUACAAAACCGUGUUUACAGUCAAAACACACACAUCUCAAUCAACGGUGAAUCUCUUUUCACUGUUUACAAUAAUACCAGCCAACGCCAAAAUGUUACACAUAUUUGAUAUAAUGUAUGAAUAUUGCAUUUUUCUUUUCCUAUGGAACUAUAUAUAUAUAUAUGUAUAUAUAGCUGCAGCAUUGUACGUCUGUUAUGUAUUUUCUUGGGCUUCAGGCCCGUAGAGAUCCGAGAUGGGAUUCCACGUAUUGUAUUGCCACCUACUUGCCUUGGUAUUUCGGACUGGCGUAAGUGCUGCGUUUGUGUCGCCGUGACGCAAUCGCCGUGACCUCUCUGCGGACCCCCCGUCCCCCUGUCCCAGUAGUUAACUGAUUCCACCCGCCUCGCUGUGCCCCUGUCCUCUCGCUGUCUCUCUAUCUAAGUGCUGCAUGGUUUUGACAUGGCCUUCUGAAUGCUCCCGACUAACAACUUAAUACUCUGGAUGCUUUUGUACCGUUUUUUGUGUUUGUCACCUUGUGAAAGAUGUAAGUUGAUUUUUCUCAAUGAAUUUACUGAUGGCAUUCCAUAUUUAUUGGAUGUAAAUCUUGAUUAAAGGUGAUUGUAGUUAA